AUGCUGAUCGAUAAAGUUUUGCAAGAAACAUUUAAAAAGAGUUCUAAGGAAAUAAAGAAAUUAGUACAGGAAACUGGAGACUAUGGAGACACAGCUUAGAAAUUAUUUUUAGAGAAAAACUAAAUAAAGACUGACAAUAAUACGGAAUGCUUGGAUCUAAAAAGAAUGGAUGAGAUCAUUAAUAAAAUGAAUGAGGUAGUUGGAGAAGAUAGUGUUAACAGGAAAGCAGAAUUACUUAGCUAAAUGAUUAAAUAAUGUUAGACAGAUCUUGAAAUAAAGUAUAUAAUCAGAAUGCUAUUUUCAGUCAACAAACUUGAUCAUGAUACGAUUUAAUAUAUUGAGGAGAAAGUAUUUGGCUAUUAAAUUCAUUAAAGAGCAGCUGAUAAGUCAAGUUAAAGCUAGAUGAAAGAAAUCAAUAAAGAAGCUUCAUAGGAAGAACAAUAAUAGUAAAACAAUUCAUAAAAGCCACUCAUUGACACUACUGAUUCUGAAUAUGAGCUAAAGACUGGAAGAGCAUCUCAAGAUUUUAAGGAAAGCUUAAAACUUAUGGAUAAAUUCUUGGAAAAAGAGGGUAAAAAUAAAUUCCUUGCAGAGUUUAAAUACGACGGUGAAAGAACUUAGAUCCAUUUUGAUGGUGAAAAAGUUACUCUUUACAGUAGGAACUUCGAGAUGCAAGAUAAAAAAUUCUAAUUAUUGAAAAACUAGUUGCAAUAGUACUUGUUAGAGAGAAAAAGUAAAGGUGAGAUAGACAAAUGCAUUUUAGAUGGAGAGAUUGUAUGCAUCAGCAACAAAAAUAAUACCUAUGUGCCAUUCUAAAAAAUCUAAAGGUCAUGGAAGGACAUUAUGUCUGAUGAAUAAUUAACAAGAGAAAUUGAGUAGAGUAAUUCUAGACCAUGUGUGAUUUUAUUUGACAUUUUGUCCUUGAAUAUGAAAAAUGCACUCAAGAUGCCAAUUAUAGAGAGGAAAAAAAUGUUAGAAUAGUCUUUCAAUAGUGAAAAUAUUCCUAAUUUCAUUUAGUUAGGCCAGUAUGAAAUAAUAGAACUUCCUUAGAUAAAUGAAGAGAAUCUUAAAAUAUCAGAGGAUCAAAUAGAAAGAUUAAUGGCUUUAUCUUAACAAAGUCAUUGUGAAGGCCUAAUUCUAAAAAUAGCAAACAGAAAUAGUUUUUAUGAGACGAGAGGGACCAGAUCAUAAUAGUGGACCAAAAUCAAACAUAAACUAAACUCUAAAAUAACUGGAAUGAGAGACUCACUAGAUCUUGUUCCAAUCGGUGCCAGUUUUGGAUUAGGUCUAAGAACAGGAAUUCUUGGAUCUUUUAUAAUGGCUGCUUAUUCAAAGAAAUACAAAAAUUUUGAGGUUAUUUGCAAACUUGGUACUGGGCUUUCAUAAAAUGAGAUGAAAAGUUUUACAACAUAGUUUUUGGAAAUUAAACUUGAUAGACAACCACAAAUAUAUGUAGCUCCAAAGACUAUUCGACCAGAUAUUUGGAUUCCUCCUAAAUUUGUUUGGGAAAUUGGUUGUGAUUAGUUUUCUCAAAGUUCAACGUUUACCAUAGGUAGAGGAAAGCUUCCUUCAUUAAUGAUGGAAGAGAAUAAUUAAAAUGAAGUUGAAGCAUAAAGUAAAGGGCUUUCAAUUAGGUUUCCAAGAUUUCUCAGGGAGAGAGACGACAAAAAAGUCACUUCAAAUAUAUUGUCUGGAUCAUCAAUCAACGCUGGAGAAGUUGUCUAUGAUAGUGAUUGUACUUCUGUAGAAGAGAUAAUAGAAAUGUACAUGAUGGAUUAUGAGUAUAACAAAUAGAAAUUAAAGGAACUAACAUAAAAUUGA